AUGAACGUCUUUUCCAACCAGGUCCUUGUUUUCGAUACCGCCUCCCUCGUGAACGGCGGCGGCAGCGGCGCCACCGCCGCCCCCGUGGCAACGGUGGCCCUGUCCUCUCCCGACGCCGGCGACGCCGGCGACCUGCCUCCCCGGGCGCUUUCCUGGGGCCGCACCAAGAGCUCCGGCGACGGCGAAGACCUUCUCCUGGUCGUGCGCGCGGACCGGACGGCCGCCGUAGCGCACAUCAGCGGCGGCGGGGGAGGGGACGGCCCUGGCCGGUGCUCCGUGGAGGAUGUCGCCGAGGGCCAGAAUGUGUUUACCGCCGGGUGUUGGCUGGGGCAAGGGCGGGGGCGGCUCGCGAUGGGCACCCGGACGGGGGACCUGGAGGUGUACGUGUACGGGGACGGGGGGGAAGGCGGCGGCAGCGGCGGCAGCGGUGGAUUGAGGGACUGCGAGGCCGUGGUUUGUUGCCCCUCGGAGCUGGGCAUGGGCGACGCUGACGCGGAGGUGAACCACUUGGUCACGACUCAGACGGGUUCGCUGCUGGCGGUGUACUAUGACCCAACAACCGAAGAGAACAAUGAGUUCGCGGCAAGGAUGGCCGAGUUCGACGUUUCCGCGGAAGACCUCACAGGGGGGCCGACGCUGAAGGCCUUCGAGGACCCCGACCUGGAUGGCAAGAUUUUUCCCUCGUUCGACACUCCGAAGUCGGUCAAGUUCCGGUCCCAUGUGGCGCUCGCGACGCUAGAGGGCGAACACGUGAUGGUCGUGAGCCACAACAGCUUGGACGGCACUCCGGCCGUGCUCACCACCAAAACCCGGGCCGUGGGCGGCGACAACGGCAGGUGGAGCUCGUACGAGCUCCCGGAUGGCUUCGACUGGGACCUCGGCGGCGAUUUUUCUAGGGGGUUGUGCUUCUCUGAGUGUUGCGACACCCCGGUGCCUGCUCAGUCCAAGAAAGGGGCCACCGACUACGGGGCCGGGCCGCUGGCGUUCAUGCUCAUGGCCAACGGGGACCUGCAGUGCGCGGCGAUGGUGCACCCGCAGCAGCCGGAGGUCAGCCUGAGGAGGAAGACAGCGCCACGAGCCCAGGCGUUACCUGCUAGGGCGGCGGUGGAGGAGGAGGAGGAGGAGGAGGAGGAGGAGGGGACGAAUGUGGAGGUGGAAGAAGACAGCGAGGAAAAAGUGCAGGCCCCCGCCCCCGCUCCCGUCCCAGCAAAGAGCCCGGUGUUCGGCAGCGGCGGCGCCGGCUCGCUCGUUUUCGGGUCCGGGUCUCUAGUAGACCCCACCUCCGCUGAGAAGAAGGGGGCCGGAGGUGGGGCCGCGAAAGCGUUCGGGUUCGGGGGUGGGUUCGGUGCGAAGCCGGCGUUCGGCGUUGGUUCUUCCUCUCCGUUCGGGUCGUUCAUGUCGCCGCCCGCGGCAGGCGCGAAGGCGCAGGCGACGGCUGGAUUCGGCAGCUUCGCGUCGUCGACGUCUCCCGCCGGAGGCGGAUUCGGAUCGCUUGGCAAAGGGUCCGGUCUGUUCGGCAGCGCGAGUGGCGAUGACGCUCCUGCUCCUUCUGGCGGUGCGGAGAAAAAGACCGCGGCGGCACCGACCGCGGCGGCACCGGCGUCUACUUAUCCCCCCAUGAGCGCCAAGGCUCCUUCAACCUUCGGAGAAGCGGCGAAGAAGAAGAACCCGCCGGCGGCGGCAGCAGCCCCGGGGUACCCGCCCAUGAGCGUCAAGGCGCCGGGGGUGUUUGGCGCGCCUGCCCCCGCUCCUGCCGCCGCUGCUGCCAAAACGCCGGCCACAACAGCCCCGGGGUACCCGCCCAUGAGCAGCAAGGCGCCGACCACUUUCGGGGCGACGCCGGCGGCGGCCCCUGCCUCGGCGAAGAGCAAGCCGCUCGCCGCAGCAACGCCGCCCCCCGGCUACCCGCCGAUGAGCUCCGCGGCUCCCUCGGUGUUCGGGGCGGCGAAGGCGCCGGCCUCGUCGCCGGCGUACCCGCCCAUGAGCGCCGCCGCGCCGUCGGUGUUCGGCGCGGGUAACGCCAAGGAUCCCGCCAAAGGAAGCGGUGGUGCCGCCGCCAAGCCGCUGACGCUCGGAGGGACCGCCGCUGCCGCUGCCACUCCUGCUUCGACGGGGGGCGGCUUCUCGUUUGGGUCGCCGGAGGGGACGGUCGCGGGGGCGCCGCCGAGUUCGGGAUUUUCCUUCGGGUCCCCGCAGGCGAAGGCUAAGCAGCCGGCGCUCUCGUUUGCGGCGCCACCGGCGUCAUCAGCGGGCGCCCCGGCUCCGGCCCCGGCCCCGGGGGCGGCCUCCUCGGGGUUUUCUUUCGGGGUGGGGGCACCGCCGCCGAAGGCCUCCGGGGCGUUUUCGUUUGGGUCGCCGAAGGGAGCGAGCUCGAAGGCGGCGACGGGCUCGACGGGGUUCUCGUUUGGUUCCCCCAAGGCGAAGCCUAAAGCGCCGCCGGCAGCCCCUGCUGUCGCCGCGGACACCAAGAAGCCGUCGUCGUCGUCGUCGUCGUCGUCGUCGUCGUCGUCGUCUGCAUAUCUGCCCAUGAGCAGUACCGCUCCCUCCGUGUUUGGAGCAACAGCUAAGCCGGCGGUAGCAACUACCUCCGGAGGUGGUGGUGGAGCAUAUCCGCCCAUGAGCGUCGCGGCCCCGUCGGUGUUCGGAGCGCCGGCGGCCGCCGCUAAGGCGGCAGGGGCAACGCCGGCCGUAGCUCCGGCGAAGUCGGCGACACCGGCGCAGGUCGCGUUCAAGAAAGGCACUGCCGCUGCUUCCUCUCCGUACCCACCGAUGAGCAAGACUGCACCGGCGGUGUUUGGAUCUUCUGCUGCUCCUGCUGCUUUUGCAGCAGCACCACCGAAGAAACCCGCCGGCGGGGGCGGAGGCGGCGGCGCCUACCCGCCGAUGAGCGCGAAGGCUCCGGCGGUGUUCGGGUCCGCGGAACCGCAGCCCAUCGCCGCUGUUGCGAAAGCCGUUCCUGCACCGUCUAGCUCGAAGCCGUCUGCUCCCCCUCCGCCCUCGUCGUCGGCGUCGGCGUACCCGCCCAUGAGCACCAAAGCGCCCGCCGUUUUCGGCGGCGGCAGCACCACCCCCGCCGCCGCCGCCACCGCCGCCGCGCCAGCGCCAACCAAACCCACGACCACGGCGAAGCCCGCCUCGUCGGGCGGGUACCCCCCCUUGAGCACGACGGCGCCUUCGGUAUUCCGAGCGCCUGCAGCAGCGGCAACGGCAGCGGCGACGGCGACGUCUUCGGCUCCCCAGGCCAAGACGACGGCUCCGGGGCUGUUCGGCACCGGGAGUAGUAACCCGUUCGGCGACGCGAAGCCGACCGCCAGCAUUUUUGCUUCGACGUCCGGGGCAACGUCUUCCACGGUGUUCGGGGGGACAUCGAAGCCGACGUUUGGCGGUAGCGGCGUGGGUGGCGGCUUUGCGGGCUCGUUGAGCUUCGGGCAGCCGCAGCAACAGCAGAAGCCCACUUCGUCUGCGGCUACCCCGGCCGCCGCCGCCGCUGCUGCUAUCCCGCCUUCCAAGGGCGCGGCGGGUGGUACCGGAGCGCCUCAGGCGUCGUCGUCGGGCGGCCUCUUGGUCGGUGUGUCGUUGGCAGCAGCGGCGUCCGUUCCCCUGCCGACCGAAACGAUGGCGGCGGCGACGGUGGACGUCCGCUCCGCUGCUUCGGUGUUGCCGGCGGCAGCGGCGGCGUUGGCGCGGGUCGGAGGGGACCGCAGAGGGAGGGGCAAGAACGAAGCGAAGGAAUGGGAGCAGGACUUCGGGGGCGGGGACGGCGAAGACGAAGACGAAGAAGAGGAGUUCGGGGUGCCCGAGAUCCCAGUGAUGAGGUCGCCGCGCCGGCCGCAGUCGGUGGGAGGACGGGAAGGCGGCGGUGUCGCCGCGCCAGCGGUGCGAAGAGCGGUUCCGUCUACCGCGGCGGAAGGCAUCGCGUGGAAGAAUGUUCUGGAGGUUCUCGAGCACCUUCGGGACCUGCGGGAGCAAGGCGAGGCGGGGCUGCUGCGAGACUCGGCGUGGGUUGACGGCAUGGAGAGGGGCAUCUGCGGGCUGCGGGACACCGUCGGCAGGCUUCGAGAGGCGGUGAACAAGCUGAGUCAAAACACCGCCGCCCAGGUGGAGGAGAUGGCCACGCUAAAGGCCAACAACAAGGACAUCAAGUGGCAGACCACGACGGCCCAAGACCUGCUCAAGUACGACGAGACCGGCGAAGGGGAACGGCGGGAGGAAGGGGAGGAUGAUGGAGGAGGCCUGGACAACGGCAGGGACACUCUGGACGCGGACUUGGUCGAAAUUCGAAAGAGGAUAAGGGAAAACAGGAGCAAGAUCGAAGCAGCCAAGUCCGACCUCAACGCGACGCUCAAGAGCCGUCGGGAGCGCGGGCCCGACGUCGCCAUCAACCCCGCCGCCAACGGCCGCAGCGCCAUCGGCCAAUCAGCCACCAGGACGCUUCAGGGGCCUCCGUCCCGGCACGCCGCCGCCGACACUCCGGCGUCAUCGCGGCGGGAAGCAGCGUCCCCGCUGCCUGGGUCGGCGAGAUCAAGGGCCGCCGGCGGCGGGCAUGUUCGCGGGGGAGCGAUUCACGGCGUUUUGCCCCGGACACGGCGUGGCGCUAGGAGCGGCGGCGGCGGUGGCGCUACCGAAGCAGCGCCUGUGCCGGGAUCCGCCGGCUCCUCUUCCUCGUUCGCUACCCCGGAGCGUGGCGUAGCCCCGCCAAGCGCCGCCUCCCAACGGAGACGGUCCCUCGGCGUCGGCGGCGGCACCCCGUCCGCGUCGGUGCCUUGCUCCGCUCCCGGCUCCACGGCGAGCAGUCGGGCAUCUCGCCGGCGCGUGAGCGUCGCCGGCCGUAGUAACGGCGGGGGUGGGGUGGUGCCCGGCGGCGGUGACGGCGGGGAGUUGGUGGUGGCGGCGGUGGCUGAGCGGCCGGGGCUUAGGCUCAUGCGGAUCGUUGGGUCUCAAUACGACGCCACGGAUGGCGUGGAGGCCAUGGUGGCCAAGGCAGAAGCCAAGGUCAAGCAACUCGAGCGCGCAGCGGUGACGGUGGCGGCAACAACGGCGGCGGCAGCGGCGGCAUCGAAGUCUGGCCGUGCCGGGCGGACCACGUUGUCAUCAUCAUCGGCGUCGCCAGGAGAAGCGGGAGAAGGGGCGCUAGGCUCGUCGUCGACCUCGGCGAUGAUUGCCGUCGGUGGUCAGGAGCGGGAAGAAGCCCUGGCGCGGGGACGGCGGCUCCGGCGAGAGCGGGAAGGGUUGGCGCUCCUGGCGAAGGAGACGGCGAGGCUCUCGUUCUCCUUCCCCAUUCGUGAGGUCGGCAGGACUGUGACCCAGGAUGAGCUUGCCACGAAGUUGGGCAACAAGCCGAGUACCAUCGCCACGCCACAGCAGCAGCAGAGGACGCCUUCGCGCCUAGUCACGUCCGGGCGAGGGCCGGGGUCAGUCCACCAGCCGUCGUCAGCGUCCUCCAGGAGGGAUCUGGUCUCCGCGUCGCCGUCCAUGGGUGCAGCAGGCGCGGCGGCAGCGGCCAAGAUCAGCGGCGCCGGCACCGGCACCGGCACCGCCGCCGCCACGCCCUCACGUGGCUUCGGCGGUGUGUUUUCGUCGCCGAAUCCGGCGACCACGGCCGCCGCUUCCGCAGCAACGGUUCCGUCCGGCGCCACCACCACCACCACCGGCGGGGGACAAAUGACGAGGACGACGUCGGUCGUGCAUGCCGGGUCGAGGCUAGGCGGGGGCGUCCGGCGAGAGAGAUCUGGGGCGUUCGCCGCCGGCACCAGCGGCGGCGAAACCAAGCGGACCUCCCCCGCGACGUUCGCCUUCGGCUCGCCCGCUGCCGCUCCAGCGGCGGCGGCGGCGGCGGCAGCGGCGUCUUCGAAGCCGGCAACGGUGGCGACACCUUCGGCGCUGCUGUUCGACUCAGGCGCCGCCGGCGCCGGGGCGAAGAAGGCGGCCCCUGGUGCUCAGGAUAAAAAACCUGCGCCCCCGCCAGCAGCCGCCGCCGCGAGCUCCACGAAGAGCAGCAGCAGUAGCUACCCGCCGAUGGCCGCGACGGCGCCGAGCGUCUUCGGGGGCGCCAAGAAAACACCGACUCCUGCGGCUCCCGCGACGGCUCCCGUCCCUGCCGCUGCUGCUCCUCCUGCUGCUGCGAAGCCAGCAAAACCUGCAGGAGGAACCUCAAGCUUCCCCCCCAUGGCGAGCGCGGCGCCGAGCGUUUUCGGCUCGGCGAAGUCCUCUUCUGCCGCAGCAGCAGCGCCGGCGCCGGGUAAGGCUGCAACUUCUACCACCGCCACUCCCGCAACUACAGCCCCUGCCACAGCUGCUGCGGCAGCGGCAGCGGCAGCGGCGCCGCUGCCGACUCCGUUCGGCGCCGGAAGCGGGUUCGGAACUGCCAAGCCUUCGCCGUUCGGUGGGGCCGGCACGGGCGCUGGCAUUUUCGGCGGAGGUGCAACUCUGUCCGCUGCAACCACCGCUGCCACCGCCACCGCCACCGCCGCCGCUGCUCCAGCGACGUCGACGGCCACGACCGCGACGACGGCGGCGCCGGCGACUCCGGCUGCUGGUGCCGCGACUGCUGGUGCUGCUGGUGCUGCUCCGGCAACGACAGGGUUUGCGGGACUUAGCGCUCUGUCUUCCGCCGCGGCGUCAACCUCGGGUGCCGCCGCGGCCGCUGCCCCCGCUCCCGGUGUGCCCAGCGGCGGGGGUGCGUUCGGCAUGGGCGGCUUCGGAGCGGCGCUCGGAGCAGCCGCAGCGACGCCAACCCCGGCCCCGACGGCGGCGGCGGCCGCGGCGGCCGGGCCGGGAGAUUACCGAGCGCAGGUAUUGGAGAUCUACAACAAGUACAACCCGAGCAAGCUGGGCGAAGUGGACGCCAUCCUCAAGAAAUAUGCUGGUCGCGAGGCGAACCUGAUCGAGAAGCUCAAGAAGAAGUACAACGUACCGGCCGGUGCGACCGGCGCUGCCGGCGCCGCGUCGCCGUUCACCACCCCUAGCAAGCCCGCCGCCGCUGGUGCCUCUGCGGCCGGUAAUUUGUUCAGAUCGGCGGUGGCGACGCCGUCACCGUUCGGAGCGGGAUUUGGCGCCGCAAAGCCGGCGUUUGGCGGGGGGGGCGGGUUCGCUGCCCCGUCACCCUUCGGACAGCAAACCCCUGCUGCCGCCGCUCCAGCACCAGCCACUUUCGGGUUCGGCGCUUCCUCCACCCAGGUCUCUAGCACCCCCAGCCCGUUCGGCGCCCCGGCUGCCGCCGCUGCUCCCACCGCGUCUCCGUUCGGAGCUGCCGCCCCCGCCCCUUCCCCGUUCGGGGCUACCCCCGCCGCCGCACCGGCCGCUUCACCGUUCGGAGCUCCCGCCGCCACCGCUCCCGGCGCUUCGCCGUUUGCUGCAGCGCCGGCUGGGCGAGGUGACCCCGCGUUGCUUCGGGCGUGGAUGCAGGAGGUGUACACCAAGUUUAAGCCGGAGAACGUACCGAAGAUCGACCGGCUUCUGGUGAAGUACACGAACAACGAGUGGAAGAUGAUCGAGGGCAUCCUGAAGAAGUACGCCCAGUACGGCGUAGGGCCCCCCGCCGGAUGGUCGGCGCCCGGAGGCGCGGCUUCGGCGCCGGCGGCGUCCGCGCCGGCUCCCAUGGGCUUCGGCCAGACGGCGCACCCCGCCUUCGGCCAAGUAUCUGGGUUCGGCGGAGCGACCUCGGGUUUCGGCCAACAGCAGCCACAGCAGCAGCCACAGCAGCAGACUCCUUUCGGGCAACCGGCCCAAACUGGCUUCGGUGCUCCUGCCACCGGCUUCGGGUCAACGCCGGCUCCCGCGAGCAAUGCCUUCGGGGGCACCGGGUUCGGCGCGCCGAGUAGCCUGGGCGGCGGCAGCGUUUUCGGGGCUCCGGCGGCGGCGGCGGCCACGGCGGGGGGCCCGACCGCAACGGCAGCGCCUACGGUGAGGCUUGCGGAUGGGGCGGGCGGUUUCAGCGCCUUCGCUGCCGCCCCCGGGGCAGCAGCCGGGGGGGGUUUCGGCGCCUUCGCCAGCCAGGGCGGCGGUGGCACCGGGUUUGGCUCGGCGGCGGCGGGCGCUGGCGGGUUCGGCGGCGGGGGAGGGUUUACCGGCAGCAGCUUCCGUCAAAUGCGAGGGUAGUUGAUCUCCGCCUGCUACCCCGCGGAGGAAACGGGAGGGGUUAUUUUGGAGGAGGGACGCAACAUGUGGUAUCUACCGUGGUUGUUUCCGCCGUACCAGAGCUGGGUUUGGGUGGGCAACUUCGUGUGUCAAGUAUUAUCAGGCGAAGCCCUUGCUUUCGGUACCGAUGUGCCCGGGAGCGCGCUGGGCCUUCUGUAGUUUCAGGGCUUCCUGUUCCUAAGAGAACGAGGAGUGAGUGAUGGUUGGACCAUCCCCCUCCCCCGCCGUGUGAUGUGCGCUGUGGGAAACGGAGAGAGAAAAGGUGCCCGCAGUUAAUUGAUUGGCCAAGUCCUUGAAAGGAACGUUCCAAACAAAGAAAGGCGAAAAUUCAAAUUUUGGCCGUGGAUGACUGGUGGAUUGAGUGAUUGAUUGAUGACCUCUCAGGCGGUAUCGCCCACCAACAGGUGCCACAAAUGCACCGAAUUACACAUUCACCCGACCUGACCAGCCUCUAUCAACAACCCCGGCCACAACAUCGACUUGACUACAGCAAUAGUCUAUAGUUUGGUUUCGGGCGCCAGGAAUCGGUACAGGACCGCACACGAAGCAAGCAGCGAUUGUCGCUGUGGAGCAGAUUUCGGGCACAAGAUUGUUCAUGAGGUGGUGUCUUUAAAGUUGGAACCGUUUUGGUCUCUGCUUUGUACCUUCUGGCAUCCGUACCCGUUCCAACCGAUGCUGACGCCUUCCGCGGUCGGUCGGUUGGUCGCAGGCCAGCUAUCCUGCACAGAAGCAGACCGGAGUUUGUCAUAUACGAUGGUGACGCUUGUACUUUGUGGAAGUCUUGGGUGCUGGAAGAUUGACAGUACUUUGGUUGCGGCAGGGCAGGAGCGAGUGCGACCAAGGAAGAGAGAAUGGGAUGUCUGUUUGGGUGUCCAGACGGGUUGGUGUAGAUGGUGCUGGUGUUGUUGGUCACUCCCGUGCUCCGACGCCGCUCUUGAGGACAGCGAGUUUGGUAAACACGGCUCUGGGAAGAGAGCCAAGUGCAACACGCCUCGGCUAGGGCGGAGCACCAGAGAUUACUGCGAGUAACGACCUUCGUUUGUCUGUAUUUUUGUUGAGCGUCCUUUUCCAAUCAAUAAUGAGGUGAGGUGAUGCAACAUUAGUCAGCACGACCAACUGCAGUGUCACGUGUCACUGGCCCUCUGAAAUGAAUGGCGGAUACCAUGCUGGUGACAUGGCAGCUGUUGUCGAAGUGUGGUGCUGCGGGGGAUUGGAGUAACCAUGAUCAAUUCACUCGUUGUAAGUCGAAACGAAAUCAGAUGAAAUAGCGAC